UGAAAUUCGCCUUUUAAUUUUCUUAAACAAUUCAAUUUAGUAUAAAAUGCUUUUAAGGAGUGCAUCGACGCCGUUAUUUAAUUCACGGAUCCCACACUCGAAGGAACCGUCGCCGGAGCCCGAGUUCUCGCCCCUGAUUUACCGAACCCGAUCCGUUUCGUUCAGAGUUUCUUGCUCGAGCUCGGUUUCUGUCGGGUCGAGCGACGACAUGAGCCGGAGGAUGACGAGGGCGGUGUCGGAGACGGAUCUGAAGAUGGCCAGCUCUCCAGUGGUCCCUAAGAUGGGGAAAAUUAAGCAAAAUACCGGGAUGCUGAAUGGGACAUUUUUCGAGGAAGAAGAGGAGGUGGAGGAAGACGAAGCUGGAUUUCAUUGGCGGAGAUCGGAGUCGGUCUCUGUGGAGGAAGUGUAUGGAAUAGGCGGCGCAAAAGGCGGUGGAUCUAAUACUGGUGACAACGAGGGCUCGUGGGAUUUGAACAAGGGAAAUGAUGGUGCGGAGUUGUAUUAUCAGAAAAUGAUCGAAGCUAAUCCAAGAAAUUCACUUCUCCUCAGCAAUUACGCUAAAUUCUUAAAAGAUGUUCGUCGGGAUUUCGUGAAAGCCGAAGAAUACUGUGAGAGGGCGAUAUUGGCAAAUCCAAAUGACGGGAAUGUUCUAUCUAUGUAUGCUGAUUUAAUCUGGGAAACUCGCAAAGAUAGUUCCCGAGCUCAAACUUACUUCGAUCAAGCUGUUAAAUCUGCUCCUGAUGACUGUUAUGUGCUAGCAUCAUAUGCACGGUUUCUUUGGGAUGCUGAUGAAAAAGAUGAAGAACAAGGUGUGGGAAAUUUGAGUAAAGAAUCAGAGCAAAGCUUUAUCCAUGGAGUUCCUUCAAUGCCUCCAGCUUUGACUGCUGCUUAUUAAGACUCUUCUGCCAUGGCUUUUUCUGACUUUUGUUAAUAUUUAUCUUUUCUUUGUUAUGUGUUGAGUAGAAAUGACAUGAGUGAGCUUUGUAGUUAUUGAGAACUCUGUUUUGGUCUUCUCAUCCUUGGGAGUACCAUGUAAAAGAAAAAAAAGAUAUGAAAAUAAAUUUUCCAUUGAAAUGUUCUUGUUUC